AUCUGUGAAUGUGCUGCGCUACCCUGUUGGCCUGGCCCCUGCCGCCUUGCAAGACACCAUCCCCAAGACAUACCGCAUCCGUCAACUACCACCUCAUUUGAACCCACUGUCAACUUCAACCUGCAUCCUUCAACAACACCAAGAUGUUCGAACUCGCAAACAACUACUCAUCCUACCACCUCAUCCCUCAAUCAUCAGACCUCGCCCUCUCCCCUCCUGAAUCCUACUUCUUCAUUACUGACUUCCUCAUCAUCUCCUGCGGCGUUCUCUACACACUAUGCUACCUUUUCUACAUGACGCGUACCUACAGCGACCGCUUCCUUGCCGGCUCCGUACUCUUCCUCUCGCAGACCAUGGCGUAUGAGCUUUACUACGCAUAUGUCUGCACGACCACGACAUGGCAGCGCGUGUGCUUCUUUGUAUGGUUCAUGUUCGAUAUCAGUUUCGUUACCGUAGCGCUGAAAAGGGCGUACAAGGAGGAGGAGAGACCUAAGACGGUGUGGAGGCUGAUCUGGAUGACGGCGCUGGGGAUCGCGUUCUUGUGGGGCGCUGGACAGGUGUGGCCGGACGAGAGGGAGCAGUUGACUGCCUUCUGGACAGGAGUGUAUCUGGAGCUGCCGAUUGGGUGGGGACAAGUGUAUUACUUAUUGAAGAGAGGAGAUACGAAAGGACAAAGUCUCGAGAUUUGGAUCACGAGAUAUCUGGGCUGCAUUUGCGCGUUUCUAGUGUUUAUCUGGCGAUACCUUAAUGCGCCAGAGAACUGGUCGUACGUCGGUUCAUUUUGGAGCAUUGCGGGUAUGAUCGUUACGCUGCUUCCAGAGACCAUCUACCCGUUCGUGUAUGUAUGGGCACACAAGAAGGAGCGUGGAGACAAGAAGACCAAGGCCGAGUGAACGUCGAACCCUGGGUACCCAUCCAGUCUCCAAAAUUCACCACCCUUCCCUGGACGUUUUCAUGAGCAACUGGGCUGGCACAGUUCAACUCACAACAACGGUGUCAGGUCGAUGUUGAGACUACCGAAUCGAAGCUAUGCAGGCCGGCCCGUGCUGCGGAUAAUCGGCGGGAUUGCUCAUUUCGAAAACUUUCACGAGACGACUCAGGGCGACAACCCGCGACUUCCAAGCCGGGAAAACGGAGAGAAGACUGCUUCGGCGCGAGAUCAACACAAGGACGAUAGAAAUCGACAAUCCGCGACACGAUUGCGAGAGUUGCGAGACGUUUGGCGACUUAGGCUAUGCAAGGGCGGCCGUUGUUGAUUUGGAAUGCGCUGCAAGAUCAAGAUCCCAUCAUCUCGU